AUGUCACCAUUCAUAGGAAAACCAGGUGCCAAUGGUGCCCUUCUAGGGGCCCGAGGCUAUGGAGAACCCAUUGCUAUCAUUGGGAUGGCUGCUCGUCUUCCUCAAGAAGCAGAUACUAAUGAGAAUCUGUGGAAAUUUCUUUUGGAGGCUCGAAACUCUUCGACCCCUUUUCCUAGCGAUAGGGUCAAUCAUGAAGCCCAUUACCACCCGGAUGCUGAACAUGCAGCCACAUUUCACUCAAAAGGCGGCCACUUCAUCACUGGGAACACAAUCAAUUUUGACUCCAAUUUCUUUGGCCUGACGAAGAGCGAGGUUAUGACAAUGGAUCCACAGCAGCGUAUUCUGCUCGAAAAUGUGUAUCAUGCACUGGAAAAUGCUGGCAUACCUUUGGACAAAGCUAUGUCUUCCAACGCCUCGGUGUAUGUGAGUGGUUUCAACCACGAUCAUCUCCAAAGGCUGAAUUUCGAUCCACAGGCGACAGCAAAAUACAAACCUACCGGAUCCGCAAAUUCCAUUCUAGCCAAUCGAGUAAGCUGGUUUUUCGAUUUUAAGUCCGCAUCCGUAACGGUUGAUUCAGCUUGUUCCAGCAGCAUGGUUGCCAUUCACCUGGGCUGUCAAAGUUUGAGAACCCUGGAGAGUGAUAUGUCUGUGGUUUCUGGCGUUAACUUACUUGCAUGGCCAAAUGACUACAUGGCUAUGUCACACCAUGGUUUCCUCUCCCCUGAUGGUAAAUGCUACAGCUUUGAUCAUAGAGCAAAUGGCUAUUCUCGUGGAGAAGGUGUUGGAACCCUAAUCCUUAAGCGAGUUUCGGAUGCCGUUAAGGAUGGUGAUACUAUCAGAGCUGUUUUGCGUGGUACCGCCAUUAACCAAGACGGCCGCACAGCCGGGAUAACUUUGCCAAAUGCCUCAGCACAAAUCUCGCUCAUGCGUGAUGCCUAUGCAAGAGCUGGCCUUGAUCCGAAGGAUACCACUUUUGUUGAAGCCCAUGGGACUGGCACUGCAGCGGGAGACCCAAUUGAGGCUCGGGCUAUUGCUCAUGCGUUUGAGACUAGCACAAGGGAGGUUCCACUCUACAUUGGUGCCAUGAAAUCAGGGGUUGGUCAUCUCGAGGGCGCAUCCGGAGUUGCUAGCGUCAUGAAAGCCGUCAUGAUGCUUGAGUCUGGCAUUGUUGUUCCUAAUGUCAACUUUGAGAAAGUUAACGAGAAGAUCCCACUUGAUUCCUGGAAGCUUCACUUUCCGACCCAAAUAACCCAAUGGCCUACGAACGGAAUAAGGAGGAUUUCUGUUAAUAGUACCGGAUUUGGCGGGACAAAUUCCCAUGCAAUUCUAGAAGACGCUUAUUCCUACUUAGCGGCCAACAAGUUGUAUGCCGCCCACAGAACCACCAUUAUCCGCCCUACCCAAAAGGACCUCGAAGAGUUAUUGUGUCAACUUCAACCUUCUGCUGAGAGGAAUGGUUACCGAAUAAUAAGCAGUAGCGCGCAAAGCUAUUUUAAGCAAAACAGCAGUAUUUCGAACGGAAUCGUAGCCAGUGGAAUAUCAAAUGGGGCUACAGCCAAUGGGGAUUCCUACAGCCGUGUGACUAUGAAGGGACUACUCCCGCUCACUUUCCCAGUUUCUGCCUUCGAUGAAGACGGGGUAAUUCGCAAUGCAGAGUCUCUUUCUGCACAUCUGAAAACAUUGCCAGACAUGGACAAAAACCAGGAAGGUAAAUAUUUGUCUGAUUUGGCCUAUACACUUUGCAAAUCACGCUCGGAAUUUGCUUGGAGGAGUUACUCUAUUGCAUCCACUGUCUCCGAGCUCUCAGAAGACCUUGCAAUUCGCCUCCAAAAACCUGUCCGGGCAAGCCAGACUCACAAUUUAGGGUUUGUAUUUACUGGUCAAGGCGCUCAGUGGUUUGCAAUGGGCCGUGAAUUAUUUGCCUAUGCCAAAUUCAGAGAAAGCAUAGGCGAGGCGGAGAAAUAUUUGAAGAGCCUAGGCUGUGCCUGGUCCCUAAUAGAGGAACUCCACAGAGAUAAAUCUACUACAAAGAUUAAUGAACCAGCCGUCUCUCAUCUGGGGCAUCCAACCAUCUCGAGUAGUAGGGCACUCUUCUGGAGAGAUUGCCGCCGCAUAUUCUGCUGGAAAGCUAGGUCGCAAAUCUGCUUGGAGAGCCGCCUAUUUCCGUGGGAUUGUAUCAUCAAUAAAAUACCCUAUCAAAGGCGCCAUGAGGCCGUUGGGGCAUCGGAAACUGAGCUGGCGCCCUAUAUGCAAGAAGUCCACCACAAUAUGUCUGGGGAACUCAUUAUCGCAUGCUAUAACAGCCCAAUCAGCAAUACCAUCUCCGGAGAUGAAACUAUGGUCGAUGCCUUGAAAAUAUUAUUAGAUGCUAACGAUAUUUUUGCGCGGAAGCUGGCUGUGAGUAAUGCCUACCAUUCAAACCACAUGGACGCCGCUGCAACUGCAUACUUCACACUGCUUGGUGAUCUUAAAUCUGAUGAUAAAAUCAGCUAUUCAACGGACAUUGCCAUGUUUUCUUCCGUCACUGGCCAGCUAACGGGCGUGGAUGAACUGGAAUCAGCCAAGUACUGGGUUGAUAACUUGGUCUCCCCGGUCAACUUCACGAAAAGUCUUACUUCCGCUUGCUUUCAACCCAUCAGAAAAGGCCAAAAGCCGGUAAGUAUCAAUAACUCUGCUGAAAACAUAUUUCUUCACGAUAUCCUGGAGAUUGGACCCCAUGGAGCACUUCAAGGCCCCAUUAAACAAUGCAUAGCCGCCCAUAUUUAUUCUGCCCCUAUUAAUUAUAUAACAAUCUUAAACCGAAACAACCCAGGUCUCCAUAAUGCCUUAAGCGUUCCCGCUACCUUAAAAUGCAGAGGAUACCCUAUCAAUUUGCAUAAAUCUAACCCUAUCAUCGAUCACCAUAUCCCUCAGCGACUUGUCGACCUUCCACCGUACAGUUUCAACCAUACGUCACGAAUUUGGUUUGAAUCGCGGCUUACAAAAAAUUUCCGACUGCGUGAGCACCCGGUUCACGAUAUUUUUGGCGUGCCUGUUGAUGACUGGAAUGCGGAUGAACCGAGAUGGCGAAAUGUGAUCAGGGUACAUGAAAACCCAUGGCUUAAAGAGCAUGUCAUGACGGGCAGCUAUAUCUAUCCAGGAGUGGGAUAUAUCGCCAUGGCCGUGGAAGCUGCUCACCAGCUUUCAGGACAUGAUCUGCCUGUGUCAGGAUUUCGGCUUCGGGACAUCUCAAUUAAAGCAGCCCUGCAUAUCCCCGAUACUAGGGAUGGCAUUGAAGUGAUGUUAUACAUGUCUCGCAUGGAUGAGUCUAGCUCCGAGCGGUCAAAGGUUUGGUCCGAUUUCAGGAUCAUGUCCUGGAACGCGACCGAAAAUGACUGGAUUGAGCACACCGGCUAUAUUUCCGUCGAGACGGAUCCAAAGCCUAACUUCACUGGUCAUGGAUUUGAAACCCAGCAAGAAUUCAUAUUACUGCAGGAACAGAUGGUCGCUGCAGCCCGAAAAUGCCAAUUCCCACUUGACCUUACAAGAUUCUAUGAGAAUAUGUCCGAUAAAGGGCUUGUUUUUGGACCCUUAUUCCGGAAUCUUGCAAAUGUUAAAAUGUCCAAUGGUACAGGUGAGGCUACUGGAGUGGUUACCGUCCCUAAUGUGGCUCAGUCGAUGCCGAAAAACUUUAUGCGUCCACACAUUAUCCACCCAUGCACACUUGAUAGCAUGUUGCACAUGUCCAUGAUGUCAAUUCUGGACUGCAUGGAAGCGGAUUCCCUACCUGUAGCCAUGCUACCGACAUUUAUGCGAGAGGUGUGGAUUUCGGCCGCUACCGGAGGCAGGCCUGGCCAUAUGUUCAAUGGCCAUGGAAAAUCUAAGAUGGUUGCGGCACAGAAGUAUGACACGGACAUCAUCAUCCUGGACGCAGAGCGCAGAGAGUGGAAGCCAGAUAUUAACCUUUACAAAUCAAACAAGAUGCUAAACGUCGCCCCCGUCGCCCAAAGUGUUGUUGACUUCAGACGGCAAGAGGUAGGAGAACUUCAAUUGGCUACGAUGAUGUUGAUCAUGGAUGCCUUGGACGAACUAGAAGGUAUCUCGCUUGAAUCCCUUGAAGGUCACUUUCAAAAUUACUAUGGCUGGCUGAAGCUCCAGGCCAGCAUCUUGAAGGCUGACAAAAUGGUUCACUUACCUCUGGCAAAAUGGCUAGAUUUUAAGGACGACCAGGCAUUCAAAUCAGAUCUCUAUAAGGAAGUGGCUUCAAGAAGUCCAGAGGGCGAGCUAUGUAUCAAGGCAGGCUCUAACAUUGCAAAAGUUCUAAAAAAUGAGGUAGAUCCCUUACAUCUAUUAUUUGGUGAUGAUCUCCUGGAUCAAGUGUAUGCUGAAUCGACAGAGGCUGGGAACCUUGGGGGUCUGCUGCGGUCUUGCCUUGAACUGAUCGCACAUAGCAAAACUGACCUGAACAUUCUUGAAAUUGGCGCUGGGACGGGCAGUUUGACCGCUGUCCUCCUCGAGACACUCAGCCCCAUCCAUCGGGAUGAUAAUACAUCCGGCAGUGGGUCAAAUAUUGCUAAAUAUGAAUUCACUGAUAUCUCUGCCAGUUUCUUUGAAAAAGCCAAGGAGAGAUUCAAAGCCUGGAAGCCCAUUCUCAAACUUUCCUCCCUAAACAUUGAAAAUGGCUUAGAAGAGCAGGGAUUUUCUCUAGGGGAAUACGAUAUCAUUGUUGCAGGCAACGUUUUGCAUGCAACAAAGGACCUUCGGAAGACAUUGACCAACGUUCGCCAACUUCUCAAACCCGACGGGAGACUUAUCAUACAUGAAGGUAUUAGACAAGACUUCUUGUUUGUACCCGUGGCUUUCGGUUUCUUAGAAGGCUGGUGGCUUAGUGUUGAAGACGUCCGUAAAUGGUGCCCUUUUAUCAAUAAAGGAGAAUGGGCAAAAGCUCUUCAAGAUACCCGCUUCUCAGACAUUGAGAUCUCUUUACAAGACUGGGAUGAUGCAGAUUUGAACGGUAUCAGCACUUUUGUGGCGUCUGCUAUUGGCGGCGAAACAUAUAGGGCCAAAAUACCGGAUGAUAUCCUUAUUCUCAUGGCAGAUUCAGGACAGGAAGCAGUCGCUACCGCACUCAAAGACAGAUUAUUGGAGAAAUAUGGGUAUCUGCACUACAAAAUAGCCAAAUUGUCCGAAAUAGAUGCGAGUGGACUCGCUGAUGUACUUUGUGUCUCGCUAAUUGAACUGCUUCACCCUAUCCUGGCCGACCCCUCAGAACAGGAAUACAACAAUAUCCGCAGCCUUCUGUCUAUUUGCAAGAAUGUUUUAUGGAUUACAGGAGACUCAACAGCUGAUCCGCAUCUCAACAUGGCUGCAGGCAUCAUGCGAACAGUACGAUGGGAGAGGGACCUUGAGAAUUCCAACUUGGCAUCUCUUGAAAUCUUGAGCCCCCAAACGCCACUAGGCACAAUUGUGCAGGCUAUUACAGAUAUUGUGGACCAUCAAUUUGCAAAAAGCCAUGAGAGUAAAAGUAACGCAGAAUAUCGCCUUCAGGAGGGUGUUAUCCAUACCAACCGACUUGUCAGUGCCACUGAGAUGAAUGAUUACCUGACCAGGAAAUCUUCCAAACCCAAGGCUCAGAUGAUGAGUCUUGGCGAAGCAGAAGCCCAGGGGCCCGUGAGGCUUACAACAGAGGCCCCCGGUAUGUUGAACAAACUUCAAUUUGAAAGCGAUAUGACGUAUUUCGAGCCCCUGGGCGAAGACCAGCUUGAAGUGCAGGUCAAAGCCGUAGGACUGAACUUCAGAGACAUCAUGAUUGCGAUGGGACAGCAUGAUGCCAUUACACUUGGGAGCGAAGGCUCAGGCGUUGUAACUCGCGUUGGCUCUCGAGUCAAGGACUUUAAGCCAGGAGACCGUGUGAUAUAUAUGGAUGGCCAUACGAAGACUGGAGCGUUCCAAACCUACGGGCGGUCUCUCCAGAAUCUGGCAGCGAUUAUGCCAGACAAUAUGAGCUUUGAAGUAGCAGCGUCCCUACCGUCCGUCUACAUCACAUCCAUAUACGGUCUAUACGAAGUGGCUAAGCUAGCCAAAGGAGAGACCAUCCUGAUUCACAGCGCCGCUGGAGGUGUUGGACAAGCUGCCAUCAUGCUUGCGAACAUAGUUGGCGCUGAAGUUUUCGCUACCGUGUCAACGGCUGAAAAGGCAGAGGUUCUUAUGAGCCGCUACGGUGUGAGAAAGGAUCAUAUCUUCUCAAGCAGAGAUCUAUCCUUUGCCCAGGGAAUUAUGAGAAUGACGAAUGGCCGGGGUAUCGAUGUUUUUUUGAACUCCCUUGUCGGUGAAUUCCUUCGUCGAACAUGGGACUGCAUUGCGCCGUUUGGCAGGUUCAUUGAAAUCGGCAAGAAGGAUGCCCAAAAUCACGGUCGAGUAUCACUGAACCCUCUUCUCCGCAAUGUUGUGUUAGCUAGUGUUGAGCUGCCAACCAUCAACCGUUACAAGCCUCUGACAGCUAAGCGGCUAUUUUCUCAGAUCAUACACUUAUGGUCUGAAGGAAAAAUCAAGGAGCCAUACCCGCUUAAUACGAUCAGCUACGAGCAGCUGGAGGAGGCUUUUAGAGUGAUGCAGUCCGGAAAAGGUAUGGGAAAGACGGUCCUAAUGCCAAAAAGCGACGAUAUUGUCCCUGUCGUUCCACAGCCCCAGGCUCUACCAACACUUAAGGGGUAUGCAUCGUACGUUCUGUCCGGUGGUCUUGGCGGCAUUGGGCGCAGUGUUGCCUUGUGGAUGGCCUCCAGGGGUGCCAAAAACCUGAUAUUCCUAUCUCGUUCUGGCCCAUCUAGCGUCGAUGCCCAGGAAACUAUUGAGGCCUUGGAAAGCCGAGGAGUCAGAGUCAAGGCGUUUGCCUGUGAUGUGACGGAUAAGGAGCGUGUGGCAGCUGUCCUCAAGACAUGUGAAGAGACUCUGCCCCCUAUCAAGGGAUGCAUCCAAGGGGCGAUGGUUAUAGCAGACAAGAUGUUUGAAAACAUGACGCUGGAGAAAUUCCAGACAGCAACCCGUCCCAAGGUUCAGGGGUCAUGGAAUCUGCACUGUCUUCUCCCAAAAGAUUUAGAUUUCUUCAUUAUGCUUUCUUCCGUGAAUGGGUUGAUAGGAAAUCGAGGUCAAGCCAACUAUGCCGCGGGUAAUACGUUCCAGGAUGCUCUAGCGGCACAUCGAGUAUCCCUUGGCCUUCCCGGCACAUCUCUGAACUUGGGCGCUCUUUUGACCGUUGGGUAUGUGGCGCAGAACCGCGAGAGGUUGACUUCUGGCCAGACGGUUGCUGGGCUCCUGGGCUCAGUUCGUGAAGACGAAAUUCACAGCAUGAUCGAACGGCACAUCACGCCUGAUGGAUAUGACACUCGCCCAAUCCAAGUCGCUUCAGCCAUAUCAACAGCACAACAGUAUGCAGUUCGUGGCAUGCCAGCACCGUCAUGGAUGUAUAUGCCACUUUUCACCCAUCUAGCUUCGAAGAGCUCAGCCAGCUCCGGUGCCCUUGGGGGAGAACAUGAUCAGGAUGGACUGAAUAUCAUAGGGGAGUUGGCAUCUGCAGCUUCUUCAGUGGAGGUGACUGCUGUUAUUUCCGACGCCAUCAGACAGAAACUGUCCAAGUUGCUGAGCAUCUCAGUUGAGAAUAUCGAUCCUAACAAGAGCGUAAGCAGUAACGGGGUUGACAGUCUUGUGGCUGUAGAGUUCCGUGUAUGGCUCGCAAAGGUCGUUGGCGCAGAUGUUCCCCUGUUGGAUAUCAUAAGCAGCAUGCCCAUCGCCGGGCCGACUGGUUUGGCCGCAAAGACGGCGAUUCUGAGCAACCAAGUCGCAGCUAGCUUGAAGCCUAGUGUCGAGCAGGCCGGUUCUUCUUCAGAUUAA